AUGCGUGUGCGGCGGCACCUCAUCCUCGCGGCCGCGGCGGCCUUCACGGGAGAGCAGCACCUCUUGCGGACGACCGUGCGUUGCCGCGGCACGUUCCGCGACGCGCAGCACGAGCUCAUGGACGGCGGCGCGGCGAUCGAGCUCGCGGGCGACGCGCUGCUCGCCGACGCGCAGCGCAUGGACUUCCUCGCGGCGAACCUGGCGAUCCGGCAGCCGCGCGGCGUGGCCGGCGUUGCCAUCAAGAACGCGGGCCGCGCGAUCGCCGACGCGGGCGCCAAGUUCCGGCACAAGGGCGGCCUCGAGCUGGCCGCCUACGCCGUCGACGAGGCCGGCGUCUACUUCGGGGGCACGGAGUGCGCGAAGUCGCUGGGCCGCCUCGAGGCCCCCGGCGCCGCGCGCGCCGCGCGCGCCGCCGUCGACGUCGCGACCGCGCUGAGCGCCACGGGCAAGGGCCUCUACGAGCAGUCGCCGGCGGCGACGGGCGCGGGGCUCGGCGCCGUCGCCGGGACCUGCGAGGCGCUGGCGGACGCCUUCGACGACGUCCCGGAGCUGCGCGCGGCCGCGGCCCAGCUCCGGGCGGGCGCGGACCGGCUCCGCGAGGGCGGCGCGGUCCUCGCCGGCGACCCGGAACAGCCGAAGAAGAAGAAGCCUCGGCGGUGGUAA